UGGAAAGAGCAGAGCAGAGGGACUCAUCCGCAACAUCUUCUGCCAGAAGAGUUAUACCAUCCAAACUCCUUUGAAAUUUUUGAAUGAUGAAUAUUAGACACAUAGAGUCUGUUCGCCGGAACCUCUUUGGUCCAGUAGACCACAAACAGCUACAUCAAGAAUUACAGCUGAAACUAAAGGAGAUAAUGGAGCAGGACUGCCGGCGCUGGAACUUUGACUUCCAGUCUGAGACACCACAGCUUGGCAGGUUUCAAUGGGAGGAAAUACCUGCGGCUUGUGUUUCCGUUUUCUAUCAGGAGACCCCACAGCCAACGGUUGAUGUAAAUUUUCCAAAAACCAAGGAUGAAGGCAGAGUAAGCAAUAACGACGAUCCGUUUGGCUCCAACCAAGAAAACUGCUUAAGUGUGUCCAACGGAUUUAAGUGUCAAUCUGAAAGGACUCCUGUCCGGAGGAAAAGGUCACUCUCUAAACCUGGAGCCAAUUCAAAGAAUGCAAGAAUUACAGAUUAUUUUACAAAGAGAAGAAGGUCAAUAGAAGCAAGGAGCAUCAGCAGUACUUUUCAGACCAAUUUCAACAAGGAAACUCAGUGCCGGACCAUAAGAUGAACACAUAAUGGAUCCCUCAUGUUGUUUUUCAAAUUAUAUGGACAGAACUAAGGAAACCAUCAUUUUAUUUAAACUACUUAUUUAAUCUCUAAUUGUUUGUCUUAUUUUAUUUGACUUUAUUUAUAGAUGUAUUAAUUGAAAGAAUGUUGUAUUUUUUUUCUUGUCCCUACUUUAGUUGAAUAUCUAUGAUCAGCUCUGCUGAACCUGUAAACUUCUUAAAUUAAAAGCUUGUAAAUGUGUA